CUCGAGCAGUUCAAAAAUAUUUCCAAGACAAAGCCGUAGCAGCUCAAAAAGCAGAAAAAGCGCAAGAAUUACAGCUAAAAAAAAUUGCAGCAUUUGCAGCAAAGGAAAUAAGAACAUUUUGGGCCAAUGUGGAAAAGCUAGUGGAAUGGAAACGUGUCCAGAGAGUGGAAAGAGCCCGUAAAGAAGCUCUCGACGAGCAACUGAGCUACAUCGUAGACCGCACGGAGCGGUACUCGCGCCAGCUGGCCGCCAACCUGCACUCGGCGGGCGGCGGCGACGCGCCCGACGCGGCCGACGCGCCCGACACGCCGCCCUCGGACGACGAGUUCCAGCCGCGCAGCGACUCGGACGACGACGAGGAGACCAUCGCGGCCGCCGAGCGCGAGGCGGGCGACGCGGCCGACCACCGCGACGAGCUGGACGCGCUGCGCCGCGAGUCGCGCCUGGCGCUGGGCGACCUGCUGCCGCCCGGCUACGUGCCCGCGCACUCGCCGCCGCCCUCCGACUACGGGCCCGACGGCGACUCCGCCGACGACGAGGACACGAUCGCGGAGCAGGAGCGCCGCGAGCGCGCCGACGAGACCGCCGCGGAGGUGGCCGCGCUGCGCGACGAGGCCGAUCUCGACCUGGACGAGCUGCUGCGCCGCUACCGCGCGCCCGCCACGCCAGCCGCCGAGCCGCCCGACAGCGACUCCUCCAUCGCCACCGAGGUGGACGAGGACGAGGACCAGGACCAGGACCAGGACGAGAACGAUACGGAUUCAGAUGACGAGGAGUCGACGGGUUCUGAACAUUUGGAGGCGUUGAUGGACAGUACGGAUGGCAAAAGCGAAGCCGUCGACGAAAGCGGCGAUAAGGAAGAGGGGUCGCAACGCGUGGAAGCGGCGGCCUCGCUAGCGGCGUCGCUGCAGCCCACCGGCACGACGCUGUCGGAGACGGCGGUGGGCACGCCGGUGCCGCGGCUGCUGAAGCACUCGCUGCGGGAGUACCAGCACGUGGGGCUGCACUGGCUGGCCACCAUGCACGCGCGCCGCCUGAACGGCAUCCUGGCGGACGAGAUGGGGCUGGGCAAGACCAUCCAGACCAUCGCGCUUUUGGCGCACCUGGCGCUCGAGCGCCGCGACUGGGGGCCGCACCUCGUCAUCGCGCCCACUUCCGUCGUGCUCAACUGGGAGAUGGAGUUUAAAAAGUGGUGCCCCGCGUUCAAGAUACUCACUUACUACGGAACGAUCAAAGAGCGGAAGUUGAAACGCGUCGGUUGGACGAAAGCGAAUUCGUUUCACGUGUGCAUAACCUCGUACAAACUGGUAGUGCAGGACCAUCAAAGCUUUCGAAGGAAACGGUGGAAAUAUUUAAUUCUCGACGAGGCGCAGAAUAUCAAAAACUUUAAAUCCCAGCGGUGGCAGAUGCUGCUCAACUUCCAAACGGAGAGGCGGCUGCUGCUGACGGGCACGCCGCUGCAGAACAGCCUGCUGGAGCUGUGGUCGCUGAUGCACUUCCUGAUGCCGGACGUGUUCGCGUCGCACAGUGAGUUCCGCGAGUGGUUCGCGCCCGUGGCCGGCAUCGCGGAGGGCAGCCACCGCUACAGCGAGGCGCUGGUGCGGCGCCUGCACGAGGUGCUGCGCCCCUUCCUGCUGCGCCGCCUCAAGGCCGACGUGGAGCGCCAGAUGCCGCGCAAGUACGAGCACGUGCUCAUGUGCCGCCUCGCCAAGCGCCAGCGCUUCCUCUACGACGACUUCAUGUCGCGCGCCAAGACGAAAGAGAGUCUCGCCUCCGGCAAUCUGUUGAGCGUAAUCAACGUGCUAAUGCAACUGCGAAAGGUGUGCAACCACCCGGACCUGUUCGAGCCGCGGCCGGUGUCGUCCCCGCUGCAGCUGCCGGCGCUGCAGUACCGCGUGCCCGCGCUCGCGCUCAGUGAUAUGAUAUAG